AUGGUAUCUUUAGAGGAGUUACCCCUUGACAUCCUUCAUCAAGUAGCCAAGCAAUGCACCAAAAGGGAUCUCCUCAACCUCCGACUCGCCAUCCCAGGAUUCUCUUACUUCCUGACACCCUACAUCGAUCGCCAUCUCGUCCAUGAGAUGCGCCACAGAGCAAAAUACCACCUCCACAGAGCUGUAUCUACAAACUGUCCUAAUAAGUCCCUACUCCCCAGGCUCUUAAAUGCCGGAGCACCUCUCGACCAACGAAAACACACUGGUGAAACUGUUCUACAUGCCGCAGCACGCCAGAAUAAUGUUGACGGUAUCCGACAGUUACUGCGAGCAGGGGCAACGGUCGACAGUUCAGAUCGGUAUAUAUGGACACCGUUGCACCUGGCAGCUCGGUAUGGAUACGUGGAUAUCGUAAGGAUCCUGGUAGAAGCUGGUGCAGAUAUCAAUCGACAGGGAUUCCAUGGUUGGACGGCUUUGCAUUUUGCAGUGAGGGAGCGACAUCUGAAAUGUGAGGAGCUGCUUUUGGAGUAUGGGAUUGAUGUUGAGAUUUGCGAUAAUGAUGGGAAGAAGGCAGGACAGGGUGCAAAGUGUUAUGCAGAAAGCCUUCCUGUCAGGGUUUAG